AUGGAUGCGUGCACCGGAGUGGACCAAGGCGGCAAGCGCUAUUGGCAGCGCAUUGAGGAUCAGUACCACCAGCUGAAGCCUCGCACGAAGAGCAUGGCGGACAGAUCCUACCGCUCCCUUGAAGGCCGAUGGAACAUCAUCAAGCCGGCUUGUUCUCGUUGGAGUGCUGCCAUGUAUCAAGUGGCCGACAACCCUCCUAGUGGAUGCGUGCCGGAGGACUAUCCCAAGUAUGCUCAACAACGGUACAAGGACAUGGCCGGCUCAAAGAACAAGGAAUUUCAAUUUCAACAUUGCUUUUCCAUCCUUCAACAUCUUCCUAAAUGGAAGUUGCGGGACAACGAGCCAAAGUGCAAAAAGGAGGCACUUCUCACCAUGGAUGAUGAAGCGGAGGACAUGAGUGGGAGAAACACCGGCAAGCCCGAGGGCAACAAGAAGGCCAAGGAGAGGGUCAAGGUAGAACUUGAAGCAGCUAGCUUCCGGGAGAAGUUGGAUCAACUCAUGAAGUCCAAGGAGGCAUUGACGAUGAAGACGUUGGAGACCAAGCUCCUCAUCACCGACAAGAAGAGUGAGUUGAAGCUUGCCAAGGUGCAAGCAAGGAGGGAAGAUGCCAAGUUGAAGGCCGAGCUUGACAUGAAGUUGAUCAAAGCCAAAGAAGCCAAGGCCAUGAAGGAGCUCUUGGCCGAGGAGAGGGAAAUCAUGAUGAUGUGCACCGACGGCAUGGACGAGGAUCAGCUGGCGUGGUGGAACGAGACCAAGGCGGACAUCAUUGCGUGGAAGAAGGCUGCGCGUCAAGCUCGUGCUCAAGGUGAGUCUCCGGCGAGCGGUGGCGCCGGUGGAGAUGGAUCCCUUGAUGGUUGA